CUGUACCACUGAGGCUUGGACAUAGUCACAUAGUACUUGUGCCCUCCUCGUCUUGGUGGCCAAAGUUCCAUCAUACCAUUAUACAUACCAUCAACACGCACCGCACAACCGCGACUGGUCAGCAAUUCAACCCCCUCCCCUUUCCUUUCCGAUCUCGUCGCAUCUUUGCAAGGGGAACGUCGUCACAGCCGCACAACAUUUAGAACCCGCGAAACCUGAGAUCAAAGCCCAGCCAUGGCCGCCCGCGUCGCCAACAAAGUCUGUAUCGUGACAGGUGCCUCGUCGGGCAUUGGCCGGGCCAUCGCCCUGCUCCUGGCGCGCGAGGGCGCCGCAUACGUGCUGUGCGCCGAUCUGCGGCCCGGCUAUCGCCCAAGUGCGAGCGAGGACAUCCCGGCCACGCACGAGUUGAUUACACAGGAGUACGGCGAGGACAGGGCCGGGUUCCGGCAGGUGGAUGUCACGGUGGAGGAGCAGGUGAAGGGCAUGGUCGCGGAGGUGGUGCAGCGCGCUGGGAGGUUGGAUGUUAUCGUGAGCAACGCUGGCGUUGGGCCGCCCUGGACGCCGUUGCACGAGAUGUCGGACGACAUGUGGAGCGGCACAUUCAAUGUCAACACACGCGCAACAUUCCUCUGCUCCAAAUACGCGAUUCGGCAGUUUCUACAGCAGGAAUUGCCCCACGAGUUCAGGAAACGGGGCUGCAUUAUCAACAUCGCUAGCGCUGCCGGUCUGAGGGAGGUGAAGCUGUCGAGUGCAUACUGCGCUUCCAAAGCAGCCGUCAUCAGCCUCACCAAGGCAACGGCACUCGAAUAUGGCAGUGCCAGGAUCCAGUGCAAUGCCAUCUGCCCUGGUACCGUCCUCACGCCCAUGACGGCGCCCAUGCUCUCCAAUGAUCUCGCUAUGGACUUCUUCAAGGCCGUGGUACCAUGGGGAGAUGGCGGCGUUGACCGGGGCCCUGAGGAGAUUGCUUAUGCCGCGGCGUGGUUGGCAAGUGAGGAAGCAGGAUGGGUGACCGGCGUGGCUCUGCCAGUGGAUGGGGGCUUCUCUGUCCACGCCUAAGUUGGAAUGAUUUUUUGUAAUCGGCAGGUGCCUUAUACCGUCUUUUACCAAGUCACGGAUAUAAUAUCCCACCACUCCGUUGCACAUCCUGCUGAUUAUUCAUCGUCAUCCAACAAACGAACAGCAUGUUCUGCCGCCGCCUGUGAGUCCUUGACAAACACUAGCCCUUCCCCCGCCAUGAACCUAUCA